CCUUCAGUAACAUUUAGACUUUUGUUGGGAAUGGGUUAUAUUGUGGUGAUAAUUUGAUUUUGAAAACGCGCAUGUUUCAAAUUCACUCGGUAGAUGUGGAUGCGGUGACCUAAAAAAAAAGUUGUGCGAAGUAAAGAUUAACUAACGUACUUUUCGGGAACAUGAUCUGCCUUUAAUAAUAAAUAAUAAUGAUGGAACAUUGAUCCUAAAUACACAAAAGAAAGAACAACAACGAGAUAAAAAAAAAUUACUUGUGAUAAUACCGUUAAAAUAAUAAAAAUAAAAAAAAAUCAGAAAAAAUUCCACAAAAUAAAAAUUAAUUAAAUAAAUAAAAAAAAAUUAAUCAAAAAAUAAAAAUUGAUACGAAAACCAAAGAAAAAUGCAUAUUGAAAUACAAGUCGCUUUAAACUUUGUGAUUUCAUAUUUAUAUAACAAAUUACCACGGAGACGUGUCAACUUAUUCGGCGAAGAAUUGGAAAAAGCAUUAAAGUUGAAAUUUGUUGGUCACUGGUAUCCAGAGAAGCCAUUCAAGGGCUCUGCAUUUAGAUGUCUCAAAACCGGUGAUCCAAUUGAUGCAGUAUUAGAUCGUGCCGCACGCGAAAGUGGCGUCCCAAUUUCCGACAUUUUAGAAAAUCUUCCAGCUGAGUUGUCGGUGUGGAUUGAUCCGAAGGAGGUUUCUUAUCGCAUUGGCGAAAAGGGGCCAGUUAAGAUUUUGUACUCGGAGCAAAACGACUUGCACGAAGAAUACAAUGCCGAUCGCGAAGUUACGAAAACCUUCAAUCCCGAGGCGCAAUGCUUUCGCCCAAUCGAAAUCGUUAGUAACGGCAUGAAUAAUCUCUCGUUGAACUCAAAUGCGCAACACGAUGCCACGUCAAAUGGCUCCAGCCCGAUGUACGGCAAAAAUGGCGCUGUCGAAACGAGUCCCGCGCCCGCAACAAGCUUCCUUCAUCGAUCUCAAGAGCAAGUUGUCUUUACCACAGCGACAUUCGCACAAACGAAAUUCGGAAGCACAAAGUUGAAAAACAACUCGAAACGUACAAAUCGUAUGUCACCGACGGAGUUCAGUAACUACUUGAAACAGCGAAGUAUGCAACAACAGCCAAUCGGCCAAAAUCCAAUGAGCCAACAACAACAACAACCACCGAAUCACUUUGGCCCCAUUGGAUCAAUUUCGCCAUCGCGUUCCAUCUCGCCGAGCACCUUUGCAUCGCAACUGCAAAACGACCCGAAAUUCUUCUUGUCCAAUCUCAACAGCAUGAACAUGUAUCCGUUCGGCGGAAGUCCCCGCAAUAACGCGUUCGACAACAGUGCCGCACCAAACAACUUUCAAGAUCCCUUCUUCAUGCCAUUGGGCGGCGGCGGCGGCGGCGGAAACAAGAUGCAGCAACAGCAACAUCCACAAGCAAAUAAUUUAAAUGCAUCCGCAUUAUCUCCCAUCGGACAGGGAUCUGUGCAGCAGCAAAAUCAACAGCAACAGCAUGCACGGGAUGCGAAUACGAGCAAUAAUGCCGGCGGCGGUAAUAACAACGGCAUGUCCAAUGAUAAGUUAAUUGAUGGACUUAAUGCGUACUAUUCGAGCAAUCCGGGCUCGUAUCAUCAUCUACUCGUCGCCAAUUAGAUGGCGUGACUGAAAUUCGAUGGAGACGUCUUGUUUUUCGUUCUUCAAAGGCGACACGUCUCGAAAAUCUGAAAAAUUGUGAGCUGCUAACGAACCAUUAACGCAAAAAAGGGGUUAUGCAAUUUAUUUUAUUACAUAAUUAUAGUGCGAAAGACGUAGUAACAUGCAAAAAAAAAACUACAAAUGUUACACCUGAUCAAGAAAAAAAAACAUACACACAACACACAUUUAGUAACAACAUGAAGAACAAAACAAAACAACCAAAAAAUACUAGCGCAAGCGUACAAAAAAGCAAAUUGGCUGAUAUUCUAAAAAUAUAUAUCUUUAAAAAAAAUUGUUUUGUGUAAGAAAAUAUGAUUAAUUUGUACCUGCACUAUCCAACAUCGUUCUUACACAAAAUGUGAAAAAAAAAUCGAAUAAACGUUUGUGAUCCUUUUUUAUUUUUUUAUUAUUAUUUUUUGUAACAACUUUUUUAAUAAUAAAUAA